AUCCUGACAGCAAGCGGAGAUGGAACCUGUGCUCUGUGGGAUGUUGAGAGUGGGCAGCUUCUACAGAGUUUCCAUGGUCAUGGAGCUGAUGUCCUGUGCCUGGACCUGGCCCCUUCUGAAACGGGAAAUACAUUUGUCUCUGGGGGAUGUGACAAGAAAGCCAUGGUUUGGGAUAUGCGGUCUGGUCAGUGCAUCCAGUCAUUUGAAACCCACGAUUCAGAUAUUAACAGUGUCAGAUAUUACCCAAGUGGAGAUGCUUUUGCCUCUGGUUCAGAUGAUGCUACGUGUCGUUUAUAUGACCUUCGUGCAGACAGAGAAGUAGCAAUUUAUUCCAAAGAGAGCAUCAUUUUUGGAGCUUCCAGCGUGGACUUCUCUCUCAGCGGUCGCCUACUGUUUGCAGGCUAUAAUGAUUACACCAUAAAUGUCUGGGAUGUGCUGAAAGGGUCCCGUGUAUCCAUUCUGUUUGGACAUGAAAAUCGUGUCAGCACCUUGCGGGUCUCUCCCGAUGGGACAGCGUUCUGCUCAGGCUCCUGGGACCACACUCUCCGGAUCUGGGCUUAACCUGAGAUCCUGUAUGCAGAAUCACAUGAAGACUGAUACCCUGGACUACAAAAACUGCAUAAAAAAGCCACCCCUCAAAAUCAAAUGUUUGCUACAUUGCAGAAGAGUAACACUGAACCCACAGAUUAACACAACGAGGUAGAAAAUGUCUGCUUGAACACACAGCAAGCAUCAACUUGUAGUAAAAUGAAAUGUUUUUAAUUCUGUUUUGCAGCUAUCUUCUUUAAUUAGAACUAGUUUAGGUAAUUAUAAAGGGACUUUCCUCUGAAGUCACCUGUAUCAUAAAUUGAGUAUUUCAGUGCACAUUAUGUAUUUAUUUGCAUGAAUUGAUUUCCUUUUUAA